AUGGAUGUAAGCAGUAGUAAGCAAGAAUCUGUCGCGAUACCAGAUCUGUCUACCUUGACACUGGCCGCUGGCGAGGCUCUUGUUGCAACAGAUCCUGCUCAAACAGGAGAAACUCCACCACACCUAUCACAUGAUCCCGAGAACAAUCUCAAGAGGAGCGACCCCUUUCAAUUCGGAUCUCGCUACCUGAGUGAAAAGGAUAAUGUGUUCGAGUUUAACGCGUGGGAUCACGUAGAAACUGAUGAUACUUACAAGGAGUAUGCAGAACAACAAUACGCAAAACAGCGCGAGGCGCCCGUCUCUGACUUUGACAAGACCAGGUUUAACUCCGAUCCAGCAAAAUGGUGGAACAACUUUUACAAGAACAACACCGCAAACUUCUUCAAGGAUCGUAAAUGGUUACAACAAGAAUUUCCUAUUCUCACCGAGGUCAUAAAACCAGAUGCUGGUAAAAUCACCCUCCUCGAAGUCGGGGCUGGGGCUGGAAAUACAGCCUUCCCAAUCUUGUCACAUAAUCAGAAUCCAAAUCUCAAAAUUCAUGCCUGCGAUUUUUCAAAGAAAGCCGUCGAAGUGAUUCGUGAAAACGAAGCUUAUGAUACCAAGAAUAUACAAGCUGACGUCUGGGACGCUGCUGGGGAUGAUUUACCACCAGGCUUGGAACCCGGGACUGUUGAUUUUGUGUUGAUGAUAUUUAUCUUCUCUGCUCUUUCUCCCUCCCAGUGGAAGCAAGCUGUCCAGAACAUCUACAAACUCCUCAAGCCUGGUGGAGAAGUUCUAUUCCGUGAUUACGGGCGCGGUGACUUGGCUCAAGUGCGCUUCAAGAAGGGGAGAUAUUUGGAAGAGAAUUUUUAUAUCCGUGGUGAUGGCACGAGGGUCUACUUUUUUGAAAAGGAUGAACUCAUUGAUAUCUGGACCGGCGAGACUGCUCGGACCGAAUCAGUAGAGGAGCGGGUGCCUUGCUUUGAGGUUGUUGACCUCGGUGUCGAUAGGAGAUUGCUAGUCAAUCGGAAGAAGGAACUCAAAAUGUAUCGGUGUUGGCUACAAGGCCGGUUCCGCAAGCAUGGGGAAAAGCCUGCUUGA